UUUUUGUUUUCUUUUUCGUCUUUGCUUUUGCUUUUCGGGACAAAAUAUGUCGUCUGCAUUGACCACUAAAGUUCGACUGGUUAGCUGUCCUAAUUGUCUGCAGCUUCUUCCAGAGUUGCCAGAUCUUCAUUUCUACAAGUGUGGUAAAUGUGGUGCUAUCAAAGUCAGAGAAUUAGAGAGUUUACCUUUGCUUGGUUCCCACUAUGACCACAGCUACUAUGACAACAACGACUAUGACGAUCAACACUACCAGACAACUUUUCAGGGCUCUGUUGAUUCCAAUCCGAUUGUGCAUCCUUUAGCUUCCAUUAGUCCCCGUGCUGAUACUGACUAUGACGUGCUAGCCAACUUAUUGCCAGUUGAAUUGGAUAUUGACAGUGCGGUAAGGAUAGUGGUCAAAACACAUAACAAUCAAGGGCGGAACUAGGAAUUUUUCAACCGGGCUCUGAUGACUUCGAUCCUCGUGUUAGCAGUGGCGGACCUGUGCAGGCGCAAGGAGGUGCACCUGCACCUCCGAUCGCCGGAAAAAUCCAUUACAGCCUCUGGUGUUGCACCUCUGCUUCAGACCAGAUAUGCACACAAUCUGUUAGACGAAA